AUCUGGGUCCAUAAAAGCGCCGUAUUCGAGGCCAAUGUCAUUCAUUCAACAUCAAGAUGCGUUUCUAUCUGCUGUUAUUUUUGGCCCUGAGCUUCUGUCUGCUGCAAUCCUCCAUGGCUGGAGUGAAUUUGGUGCACGGCCUGGAGGCUGUUGGUCAUCAUCGCAACACCACUGGUUCACCACCACCCCGUGGUGCUCCGCCACCACCUCGCACAACCACCGCUAGCUCUUCCGGAUAAGCAGAUUGGUGAAAAAAAAAUUGGAAAAAUAAACUCCUGCGGCAACCUAUUGACGAACCUUUGAAACAAACUUUAAUGUUAGCAUAAGAUCUAUGUAAUUCCUUAAAAAAAUACAAAAAAAAUAUUCCAGCAAAAA